CAAAUUUACUACCAAAACAAACAAUAUCUACUCAAACGUAUCAUCAAUUACCUAAAAUAACAAAUAAUAGAAACGAUAGAUUAAUGCCAUCAGUAUCAACUGCCAGUAGUAUAGAAGAUGUAGCAAAAAUAGAUACAGAACUUAAUCUUACAAUACUUUUACGAGAAAGUCCAGAUCAAGCAAGUCCAAUAUUAUAUUCCAAAGCAACUAUGAAUCGUACUGUUGAAUUUCGAACAUUAUCAUCAAGAAAAGAUCGAUCAAUAUAA